GGCGUGACUUCCGGGUUUGGGUGGAGCGCUCGGGCAGGAAAUGUCAAAGAAAAGCAGCGGAAAGGGCUCGUGAGAACAACAAAAGUUCUCGGGGAGACAAACCGGCGACCGCGUUAAAAGUUUCCCCAUCAUGUUAUCGAUCACAUAUCGAUUUGAAGGAAGUGAUCUGCAGCUGCAGGGUGUCUUGAGAGGUGCUUAGAUGCAGUCACCAGGAACGAGGCGAAAAUGCAGGGAGCCACCGCAAGGCUGUGCAUGGUCGUCGCCGCCGCCAUUUUGAACCACCCCGCGCUCUUUCCGCAAGAGAACGCCACCGUCGCGGAGCAGGACGAGGAUCUGAUGGCGCGCAUGCGACAGCACGCCGAGACGCUGGAAAGGGAGCGGGCCAAGCUGGAGGCGGAGCUCUCGCGGGCGGAUGCGAGGCAGGAGGAGGAGGAGGGCGGCGACGGCUGGGAGGAAAGCUAUAGCUGGUACUUCUGGGGCAUCGUGUCCUUUGUGGUGUUCUUCGUCGUUGAGAUGUGCAGGGCAGACGUGGCCGAGUUCAACACGAGGGCGCUUGACGACGACGAGGCGCAUCCUACCGCCGCAAUGGUACUUGAUAAGGACGUCCUGAGCCAGUUCUGUGACAAAUGCACGUACAGUUCGUCUCACGACAACGGGAGGGUGAGGGAGUUCGUCGAGGGUUUCGCCGACGACCUCCUGGAAUCCCUCAGGAGCGUCUCCGACCGAGAAGCCGACGUGGAGGUCGGGGACUCUGUCGGGAUCGGAAGCAUGUUCGAGUCUUGGCAGAUGCGCAAGCCUCCGACGUGCGACCUCGUGGUGCCUUUGUCUCCUCCAGAUCCGCUCGAGUUCCAGGUCAGGCUGUGGUGCGAGAAACCCAGCGAUACGCCACCCGAUAGGCAAGGCUGCGGAACAGUCCAGGUGAGCAGGUUCGGGGACCGCGGGGGCGAGUGCUUGUGCGGUUCUGUCAACCUGGGAGAGGACAUGCUGUGCCUGCUACACGCUAAAACCGACGUAGCGCAGGUUGUAGACCGCAAUGUCGAUGAGCUGCUCUGCUCUAAAAGAACGCCGCUCUUGGCUAAGGACCGGGUCAUGAAGUGGUUUCAGCUGUCCCUGACCAAAGCGUGGGGGCGCAUCUCCCACAAGUACGACUUCGACGUGACGUUUCGCAGCCUGGACGCGGCGGGCGCCCUGAAGGUUCGAUUCCCUUCGGGAAAAUCCGUUAUGGUUAACAUCAUACCGGCCGUGCGGCUGGAGGACACAGACGGGUAUUUGGUCUCGCACUUUCCCUGGGACCGCGGAGGAACUCCGGACCCGUUCUGGCCUAUCUCGCUGGCCGUCUACGAGAGGAAUCUACUGAAACACGUCGCCAAACUCUUACCUCGACAUUCCUGCCAUCUGCACUGCCUUCAGGUAGUCACCUUCCUACACAGGAAGCAGACGAGCCUCACGGGGGGAAACGCGUUGACCGACUUCCACUGGAAGACGGUCGUCCUGCACCUGUUGCUCCGCAACGAACCGUCAGCGUGGACCGCCGACAGAACCGAACGCAGACUGCGGGACGUGCUCGGCUUCAUGCACGGCAGCCUCCAAGAGAAGAGACUCCACCACGUCCUCAUCGGGAACAGUCGCGUGCCACGAGAGAUUCGGCUUCCGGAGGUGAUCCGCAAAGCGGAGCCGGUCAAUCUGUUUCGGGGUUUGGUGUUGAGGAGGGACGUUCACGCCGCGACGGUGCGCCACCUCCAGGAGAUGUUGAGGAAUGCAGCCGCGCUUUUACAAGAGUACACCCCACUUUCAUCAUCUGGUGGCGGUUUGGAGUACUAGAAAGACUUUAACAAGAUAGUAGUGGACUUGAAGCACUUAUUUUUUUUUUUUAUUUAUGGGGACUAUUAUAACAUGUAGCGACACCAUAUGGACAAAAGUCUUUGGACACAUUGCGCUUAACCUUUUGGGGACUUACUAGGGACUUAUAGCUGAAAACGUGCCUCCAAAAAAUCUGGACUCAAACACCCCAUCGGCACACGCCUUGUGUUCAAAGUAUCGGGUUUGGGUAGUCUCCUUCGUUGCGCCAAUUCUGGGAUUCCAACUAGGCGGAGGAGGCCCUUUUCCGUCCCAGUACCCACGACGAAGACCAUGAACGUGUGCUCGGUUGCGUUCGGUCUGGUCGAAAACCACCAAACACCUCAAGGGUGAAGUAUAACGGAGAUUGUGUGCCACCAGGCUCGAUUUGCAUCCCACAUACUUUCUGGCUAAGUGUCCUCAUAUUAUUGUCCAUAUAGUGUGCUAUUCAGUAAAAAAUGUGCAUCUUAAAAUAUCAGAUAUCUAUAUUAUGUACUCCACUGUAUGGGAGCCUGGAAGGUAUUGCUUCUGACAGUCACAUGAUCUCAUUGUGAUGCCUACAAGUAUGAAGUAACUUUUACUAAACAACUGAAUUGAAAACAAAUGGGGAUAAGAAUCCAAACUACCUCGUUUUGAUGGCAGCUAUCGAAGUGUAAUGUCAAAUUCAUAUUUAACCUCAACCAAUAAAAGUCUUUUCUAAUAGAGUAGAAACUUUUUUUGUUUGUGUGCCAUCACGUGUUUUGAAAUCCAUAUCAAACACAUAAGGUGAUAUCAUGAAUGCGCCUUUUUUCUUCCACUUAAUUCCCAAAUAUUGCUGGAAAAAAAAUGACUUAAAUCACUGGUGGAAUCAAUACCAAAUAGAAUAACAAAUUUCAUUCAACAAUAUGUACGAAAUUUGUUAUGACUCAGCAAUUUGAUGGUGAAAAGAAACAACUUGGGCACAUCCUUGGUUUGAAAGAAGGCACAGUACCUCUAAAUCGCCAAAAGGUGGCAGUAUCGCUGCAACACCUUUUUCCUCCUUUGUCUAACUAUGAUUAUAAUUCUUUUUUUUUUAAUCAUCAUGACGGUUAUGCAUUUUAAAAUGUUGACUUGAUCAUGGCUUGUAGAAUGAUGAUGGCUACAUUUUAUGUUGCUACAUAUUUACUAUAGUUUGUUCCUAUAUUGAAAUUGUUUCGUGUGUGUCUUUAAGGUACCUUGGAAAAAUUCU